CCUACCAUGGAUGCUGGUUUCCACCCCCACCCAUUGACCCUCUUUUGGAAGUGGAUCACCUUCACUUGUGACCUUUGCGGCAAAGAAGACAAAGGUACACCCUAUCUGUGUCAUCUAUGUGAUUUCUGGAUUCAUGGAAGAUGUUCUAUUUACCCACAAAGAGUCAAAAUUACGCAUCACGAGCACAUCCUCCACCUCACCCAUUCUUCUCUUAAAUUCCAUCAAUCCAACUCCCGGUUUUGUCAAAUCUGUGUUGAAAAAUUGGACACACACUUUGGGCUUUAUUAUUGCUCCAGAUGCGAUUAUGUUGCCCACCUCGAUUGUGGUAUGACGUUGAUUGACUCAGCAGCAGCUUACGAAGUCAAAAAUAUCGAGGUGGGGGUGGACGGAACCGAAAUAGCCACAGAAAUCAAACACUUCAGUCAUGAGCAUGACUUAAAGCUUACUGAUGAGGUUCUAAAUGACCAAAAAUGCAAUGGGUGCGCACGACCCCUUCUUGUUCCAUUUUACAGUUGUUCCCAGUGUGCCUUCUUUCUUCAUAAAUCUUGUGCAAAUUUACCCAAAACAAUGCGAAAUCGAUUAAUUCUAGACCCACUCAUCCUUAUCCCAACAAAACCAGGUGAGAUUUUUCAGUGUGCUGCCUGUAAACGGGGUUGCAAUGGCUUCUCCUAUCAUUGGGAAGAAUUGGACCUUAAUCUCGAUGUUCAAUGUACUUUGACUUUGGCAUCAGACAUCCUUAACCACAAAGGACAUGAGCACCGACUUAUCCUCUCCACUACAGGAUAUGAACAAACUUGCACUAGUUGUAAUUCUGAAUCGCUAUUCAUGUUUCGUUGCACCAUUUGUGAAUUUGCUCUAGACGUCAAAUGCGCUACACUACCAUAUACCACAAGAUACAAACAACACGAGCAUCCCUUCACUCUCUGUUAUACUGUUGAAGAUGAUUCUAAUGAAUAUUACUGUGACAUCUGUGAAGAAGAACGUGACCCAAAGCAUUGGUUCUAUUACUGUAAAAAUUGCACUUAUCCUGCUCAUCCCAAUUGUAUUCUUGGGAAAUACACAAAUAUUUGGUUUGGAGAUACUUACAAAUUUGACUGUCAUCCACACAAACUUACUUUCAUUGAGGAAACUAAGGACAGCCCUAAAUGUCACGAUUGUGGUGAUCCUUGCAAAGAGUUUAUCUUACAAUGUGUCCAGUGUGAUUUCUACAUCCAUGAUAAAUGUGUGCGGAGCAAGGAAGAGUGGUUUUAAUUUUUGUAUAUGUAUUUUUCUUUUGGAUUAAACC